AUGAAGGAUUUUGGACUUCUCGAGUACAACGAAGCUGCCAAUCUUAAUAUUUCUCAAGGUCUUCUCGAUAAUAGGCUUGGCUUGAGNAGAAUAUAAUAAGUAAUGAAUGAAAUCAACAAUGAGACUAAUAUACAGAAAAUCGAAAGAAUGUUAGAAAAUAUCAAUGUAUGACUUUUAUUGAAGUUUAGCCAGAAGAACACAGCCCAAGAGAUAUUGAUGAUAAUUUAAGUCAUACUUAUAAGUAAAAAAGACCAAAGCUCUUUAAAUUCUAAAAAUCCAAUUUCUCGAAGUUUAUAGAAGCAAAAGCAAAUGAAGAUACUGAUACUUUCUCUUCCAAUAAGCAAUUAGAAUUUAGACAAAGGUUAUAUUCAUUAGCAGCUGAUUCUUGUUGA